AUGCUCCAGCAUCACGAAGUCCCGAAACCUUUGGUGCGGUUCAUCCCACCUUUGCAAGAACAGCGUCAAAUCUUCCUCCUCAAUGUCCUACGCGACGAGGAUCCACAGCGCGUUCUGGAUCUCGGUUGCGGCGAAGGAUCACUACUCGCUGCGAUGUGCCAACCUGGCUUGGCACUUUCUUGUCGACCAGAUUUCAACGAGAAAUAUGGGAUAAAUCCAAGCGCUCCUGUCCUUUCAGUAGCAGACAAGUAUCCAGCAAUAAACAUAAACUGCAUUCACGGACUUGACAUCAGUGAGAAGUGUCUAGCACUGGCAAACGAUAUGAUCAAGCCACCAAAUGAUGAAUCAGAGAGGCCCACAUGGACGCGCCCCCGUCCACGAUGGAUAGAAACCACAGUCUCGCUAUGGAAAGGCGGAUUACAAUCAUUCAAUGACGAAUUCAGAGGCCUUGACGUCAUUACGGCAACAGAAGUGAUUGAGCAUCUUGCCGAUGAAAUUCUAGAGUGCUUUUGUCCCAUGGUACUUGGAAUAUACGCGCCGAAAGUCCUUGUUAUCACCACUCCCAACUACGAUUUUAACGCAUUGUUCUCUGCUCCAACUACAGCGCUAAACGAGAUAGAGCCCAUACGCGGAGGCUAUCUGGAUCCUAGUGGUCGCACAUCUCGCGUCUUUCGCCACCACGACCACAAAUUUGAAUGGACUAGAGACGAAUUUCAACUCUGGUGCGAGGCAAAUGCACGUCGUUGGGGUUACGACGUUUGUGUCUCUGGUAUUGGCCAAAGCACUAUAGCCGACCCUUGGCGCCGAGAUGAAGAAGGAGGUCCUUAUUAUGCCACACAGGGAGCAAUAUUUCGCCGAAAAGAGCAGACCAGUGUUGCUGAGCGAGCAACCCUGCAAGAGGAUGCGUAUACUUUGAUUGCUAGACUUGGUCUAUCCACAUCACCACACGAGCUAUUCGCUCGGCACAUACACAAGGUUUAUCCUAGCGCCUUCGACACACAAUCGUUCACUCACGAGGAGAUAAGAUCUGCUGUUCAAACCGCACUGGCCGACUCUCUAUGGCAAGCUGAGGGAGAUAUCCACGAGCUGUGGAAUUACGACGAGGUUUCGACUGCAUGUGGAGGCAGACUAGAGAAUCUAUAUGAUGCCCUCAUAGCGGAUGGAAUCGCUGAAGCACCUGAAAUGAACACCAAUUGGAGCUGGGUGCAACCAGAACUGCGGGCGAGAUGGGCGAGGCGCAUAAGAUGGAACAAAUACACUCCAAGACGGGAAGAGAGUCUGUGGGAGUCCAAGUCGGAUCACAUACCGUCCUGGACUCAUGGCGAACUCUCAGAGGGAGAGGUUUUGGGGUGCGGGAAGCCUCGAAGCCAGCGUAUAUCCGAUACAGAAGAGUGGGAAUCAGGUAACUCAUGGGCUUCUGAAGACACCGACCACUGGAACAUUUCUUCUUCAUCAUUCAGGUUGUCUGGAUGGUAA